CGCAGCGGCCCCGGUCGUUGUUGUGGAGGGGCCGGUCAAGAUGGCGGCCGGGCAGGGGGGCGGCGGCGGCAACAACGGCACCGGCAGCGGGACGGCGGCCGGGAGCGGAGCGGCGGGGCUCGGCAUCCCCGCGCACCUGACUCUCUCCUUCUCGUCCGGGCCGCACUGGGGCGCGGCAGCUCUGCCGCAGUCGCACACGGUGCGCAGCCUGGAGCGGGCCCUGGAGGAGGCGGGCAGCUCGGGCAUCCUGUGCCUGAGCGGGAGGAAGCUGCGCGACUUCCCCGGCAGCGGCUGCGACCUGAGCGACACCACGCAAGCAGGGCACCUCAGGCGUGGCUAACGAGAAGCUCCUCCUUUCGUGAGUGGAAAGGAACCUUUGGUGUGUUGCAACCGAGUGCCAGCCUGGUGGGCUGACCCAAAGUCCCUGUCAGUGUCUUUGCAGCAGCAGAAGCUGAAGGAUCCCUGACUGUUUUCCCCUCUUCUGUUGAAGAGCUUUUGAACAGCUGCCAGAAUGCUUUUGCAGACUGAAGAUUGCAUGAUGGUUUUAGCCACAGUGGAGUAUCUAAUUCACAAGCAUAAGUGGCAAUGUCUACUUUAGCCUACUGUUAGUUUGAACACCCCAGAAUGCUAUUUCUCCUUAGUGCAGCUGGAUGUGUAGCUGAGGAUAAAUAAGUCCAUAAAUGUGAUACAACUGCCUGUCCCUCACGCUACUGUCUGUCCACAAAGCACAGAAGCUGCAUCAGGGGCUCCUCUAGCUCUGUCUGUCUCCAAAGAGGAGGCUAAAGAGCAGAAAGACAAGAAGGCUGGGGAGGAGGAACAAAGUGAACUUCCCUCUGUUCUUGGAGACGACGGUGAACUUGAAGAUGGUGGUGAAUUUCCCACUGUUCUGGAAGAUGACAGCUGAGCUCCAGCAGUGUGGAUUGAGGACAGGGAAUGUCUUGCAGUGUGGGAUGAGGAGUGGGAACAUCCUGUAGCACAGGAAGAAGGAGAGCAAAGAUCUCACAGUGUGGGAAGAGGAGGGCAGACAGCCAGCAGCUUGGGACCAGGAUGGGGAACAUCCAGUGGAGUGGGAAGAGGACAGCAAACAUCAUACCAUGGGGGAAGGGGAGGAACAACAUCUCUCUGCGUGGGAAGAGCACCAUGAACAUCCCGCUGUUUGAGAAGAGGAUGGUGAAGCACUACCUUUUUGGGAAGAGGACAUUGAACCUCCCUCUGUUGAGGCAUCAUGGGCUGAGCAUUCUGACAGCAGCACAGCCUCGCAGCCAGAGGGGAGAGGAGAGAGGUGCCUGAUGCAGCUGAGCACAUCUUGUCUGCCAGAGCAGGGUGUGGGGUGUGUGUCUGAGCAUCAGCUGUGCUCAGUGCUCCUCUGCAGCUGAAUGUCACAGAGUCCUUUAUUGCUCUUGCCCACUUGAGUACAAGGGGCUCAGAGUCCCAGAGAGUGCAGCUGCAUUUUGGCUCUGCUGCAAGGCGGGAUCUCCAUCUUGGAGUGACUGCCUUUCCUGUUGUUUUUUCAGGGAACACUGUGAGCAUGGGGGAGCCUGCCAAGAAACACACUGAAGUUGAGCCAGUUGGCCAAGGCUGCCUUGUUGAUGAAGAUCUCUGGUUGGUGAUGGAGUACAUGGGUGGAGGAACUUCACAGGAUGUUGUUAGACAGACAUGUCUGGCUGAAGGAGGGAUGGCAGCUGUGAGGUGAGGGCUCCAGCUUGUGCUGCCCAUGGCUUGGACGUGAUGGUUUUUCAAAGAGAUGGUGAGAACAGGAAUGGCUUCAUGCUCAGAGCUUUGUUUCUCUGUUGUUUUUAUGCCCUGGAGAAGAGAGAGCCUCUUAAAUGAACUGCCUGUCAGUAUCUCUGCACUUCUGCUCUUUUUUUUCUAGUACUCUUUCAUACUAUUGUGCUGUCACUUUCUCUUUUGAUUCUGUUUGCUGUUCUCAACUUUGCCUUGGACCCUUUGUCUGGAGUUUGUCUGCACUGCACUCCUUGCUGGUCAAAGUAAAGUUGCUGGUGGCAUAAUUGUAAACUGUCCUUUCUUCUGUUGUAUAUUCAGGUUGUUAAUUUUUAUCCUUGUGUUUUUUGAAUAAAAACUCUGUUAAACCUUAA